CGCGGCUCUGUGCGCGAUGACGCAAUGAGGCCCCAACGCCCAGGAGUCGCGCGCCUCAGCGGUUGGUGAAGCGAAGGAAGAAAAUUCCGCUGGGAGCUGGAGCUGGAGCUGGAGGAAGAGGGAGGAAGAGACAGAGAGCGACUCGGACAGCGAUCCAGAAAUAUGAGCUUGAAAUCAGAACGAAGAGGAAUUCAUGUGGACCAGUCAGAACUGCUGUGUAAGAAAGGGUGUGGUUACUAUGGAAAUCCUGCUUGGCAAGGUUUUUGUUCCAAAUGUUGGAGAGAAGAAUACAGCAAAGCGAGACAACGACAAAUUCAAGAAGAUUGGGAGCUUGCAGAACGUUUACAGCGUGAAGAGGAAGCUGCUUAUGCUAGCAGUCAAGGGGCUCCAUCACUCACCUUUUCUAAAUUUGAAGAGAAAAAAACAAAUGAGACAAAAAGAAAAGUCCAGACUGUCAAAAAAUUCUUCAGUCCAUCAUCCCGGGGUGCGCCAAAGAAAGCAGACAGUCAGGAAGUUAAAGCCUCAAGUCCAUCCAUAAAUAGGCAAACCAGCCUAGAAACAGAACGAGCAUCUAAGGAUUUUAUUGAUUUCCUUAAGAGCUUUCGCAAGCCUGGUCAAGAUAUACUAAAACAAUGCAGAGGAUUUAUUGAGUCAAUGCAACAUAAAAAGGAAUUGAGCAUUGAGGAACAAUCUGAGUGUGUUCAGGACUUCUAUCAAAAUAUGGUUGACCGACUACAGACACACUCCAUUUUUAAAGGUUCCUCUGAACGGAUAGACAAAUUGAUGGACCAGAUUGAAAACUUCAUCAUGACGCGACUAUACAAAAAUGUGUUUUGUCCAGAGACAACUGAUGAUGAGAAAAAAGAUCUUGCAAUUCAGAAAAGAAUCAGGGCACUGCAUUGGGUGACUCUUGAAAUGUUAUGUGUUCCAGUGAAUGAAGAAAUUCCUGAAGUUUAUGAAUUGGUUGUGAAAGCAAUUACAGCUGUUAUUGAAAUGGAUUCACGACGUGUUCCCCGUGAAAAAUUGACCUGCAUCACACAAUGCAGCAAGCAAAUAUUCAAUGCUAUAAAGAUCACAAAGAAUGAGCCUGCUUCAGCUGAUGACUUCUUACCCACACUUAUCUACAUUGUUUUGAAAGCUAAUCCACCUCGCUUACAGUCAAACAUCCAGUACAUUACUCGAUUCUGCAAUCCAAGCAGACUAAUGACUGGAGAAGAUGGAUAUUAUUUCACAAAUUUAUGUUGUGCUGUUGCCUUCAUUGAAAAAUUGGAUGCCCAAUCUUUGAACCUGACUCAGGAAGAUUUUGAUCGCUAUAUGUCUGGCCAAGCAUCACCUAAGAAGCAGGACUCUGAAGAAUGGUCUCCUGAAGCAUGUCCAGGACUGAAGCAGAUGUACAAAAACUUAAAUCUUAUUUCUCAACUGAAUGAGAGACAACAAAAAAUUUUGUCAGAUGCUAAGCAGCUUGAAAAAGAUCUAAUUGACUGGAGCGAAGGUGUGACAAAAGACAUUGAAGAUAUUAUUGAGAAAUAUCCACUUGAAAUCAAACCGAGGGGCCAACCAGUGGCUGCAAUUGAUUCUGACAAUGUAGAAAAUGACAAGCUUCCACCACCAAUCCAGCCACAAGUAUUCAUUGGUUGAAAGAAUGUGAACUGAAUGUUAAACUUGAGCUAACUCUCCUUUGAUAUUCAAUCUGUUCACUGCCAACUAUGGCUCUGGAACAUACAAUACAGGAGUACUGCUGUGUUCAAACUAACGAUUUUGUGAAAUGUUUUCAGUAAUAUUUGCAAUUCAGUUGUAAGGUAUAGAUUUGUUGGAGAUUUAUAACAAAGGCUACUUCAAAAGUUAAUGGCUGAUCUCUGACUUUUUUAAAAAAAAAAAUCAAAAUUAUAAUGUUAUGAUUAGUACCUUUUUUAAAUGUGAAGAAAUGAAGGAAUCCUUCAGCAACUUAGGUAGCAUGCACAGAAUCUUCAGUCAAACCUAACAUGACUAGCUAACCUGUUUAGUGUUUGCCUUCUAUUAUUUUUGAUUUCCAGCAUCCAGAGAAUUUUGUUUUUGUUUCCCUCUUUAAUCCGGCAUGCAAAUUUCAAGGUGUAUUUUAUAUUUACUAAAUUCUCUGCAACACUUUUUUUCCUUGAUUUGCCACUGAGAGUAGUUCAUCUUCAGAGAUCCUAGUUAAAGUUACUGAGUAAAUUAAAAUUGUGUCUAAUGUGUUCAAUUCUAGGAUUUACUCCAUGAUUCGUUUUUUAAAAAAAAAAUCAGAAGCCAUUAUUGAUACUUCUUCAAUAGUCUCAUCUUUAAUGCAAUGUUUCAUUGUAAAUAUGUUCAUUGUACAGUACAUUGAUAAUUUGGCAUAUAGCGUGGAGCAAUCCAUCCUUUAAAGCAACAGGAUAAAUCUUUACAUUUUUCAUUUCAUCGCAUGUUAUAUUAUGUAAAAAGAAACAAAAGCUGUUUCACUUUUUAUCAUAUUUGCCAUCAUCUUUAUCCCCUGUUUUUAUUUUGAAAACACAUCAGCAAUAAAUAUGACCUAGUUGGAGGUUUUCCUUGUAUGGGCCAGUUGUGAAUCGUAUGAAAUGCUUGAUGCAUUAUUCAUUUACAUGGUCCAUUUGCAAUAAUUUAACCUAAAUGUGGUUGAUGGAUGUUAAAAUUGAAGCAGAGUUCGGACAUUAACUUGAUGAAAGUAACUCUUUUAUUUCUGUACAGAAUAUAGUUUGGUUGGGCUAUCUAUCAAUAUUUUUAGUUGCUAAAUUUUCUGAGUGGCAUAUUCCCAUUUAUCACUGGUUGCUGACUUCAAUCUUCUGU